AUGUCAGGCCACGACCAACUCUUCCAGGUCCACGGCUGGAAUAACAAUCAAGACAUCAACGUCCCAGCCAACGGCGAAUCCACUGUUGAAGCUCCAGAUGGUACAUCCGGUGCGAUCAUCGCAAUCCACGAUGGAUGCAUCGGUGAACAAGCCGAACUUACCAAAAACGGAUUUGGCGGCAACGACUUCAUCGACCUGUCCAACAUUUGUGGAGCCGGUGGUAACCUCAUCGUCCAGCAGAUUGGAAAGGACUGGACCCGCAAGGGCGACCCAAGGUUCAUGCAGAACUUGAAUGAUGCUUGGAACAGGGCUGAUCAGGGUGUCAAGGAUAAUUUGAGCCAGUGUGUGCACGUUAAUGAGGGUGUCGUGAGGAGGAUCGAUGCACCCAAGGAUUUCCCGCAGCUGGAAGAAUUCAUCAGGUCGUUCGCCGAUGGGAAGACAUAUAUCGGUGUUGGUGCUUGGGGUGGAAGCCCUGGUAAUGCCAGUGACAACGCUCAGAGUUCUGCUGCUCAGGGUAGCACUGACAUCUUCAUAUGUUACAAUGACGAUGACUGCACGCCGCGGGACGCUUCCGAACCUGUGAUAAUCGCAGCGUACGAAGAGCCCAUAUCGAUUGCAUCGGCAGAUGACGGUGGUCCAGGUAUCAUCCUAACCAAUGCAUCUCAGAGAGAGUGCGAAUACUUCUUCUACGACAACUACUGGAACGGUAACGGAACGGCAGGCGCAAACUUCGACCACCCUCUCACCUCGGUCAAGUUGCAGCCCAACGAGACGCAGUUCGUUUCCCUACCUAACACCUUCAAGGGCCGUCUCCAGCGUGGAACCGAACUGCCUGCAACUUGGGUAGAGUUCCAGCUUGAAGCUGCAGACGACCAUGGCGCACAUGGAGACAUAUCGCUACAACAAGGCUGUGACGGCGCAGCGACCAUUGCUUCCACAGAUGGAAGCAACGUUAUCAAUGGCUUCACAGAGGAUGUGGUAUCUGGCGCUCCUGAAGCAGCAAUACGAAAGAAGCCUAAUGGUGAGCGUGCGACGGAUACGACGGUCGGGAACUGGAAUGGUGGUCCGAAUCAGGCGGCUAUUGAUUAUCUGAAUAAUGUUGUGAGGCAAGAACGGGCGUAUAUUUUGGGCGGAUCGGGGACACCGGAUGUAGCGAGCAAGAACAGGAGGUUGGCGGUUGUGAUGUACUGA